AUAUCAGACACGCCCAAUGACUUCCGUUGUUAAUUUGGUCGUUCCUUCUUUCCGGGCGUCUCUCUGUGUUGUGUGUGGGAAUAAGUAAAAAGGAUGGCACAGAAUAAUUAUUUCGGUUUUACACACGGCGGUACUCAAUAUGGAGCAACUAGUGCUGCUUAUCAAACUGGACAAGCUGGUUAUGCAGUAACACCGGCAGCUACCGCCGCUACCUAUACUCAAAGACCCGCCGCUGCAGCUGCUACUGGUUACGAGACUUAUCAAGCUGCUGCCGCCGCAGCAGCCACUGGCACGACUUAUGCUGGUUUUGUUUCCCCUGUAGCAGCAAACCCAGGUACGGUAGCCCAAACCUACGAUUACGGAUACGGUCGUCCAGCUCCAGCAGCAACUUACGACGCGACUAAGACUUAUUAUCAGCAACCCGCGGCCGCUGCAGCUGCUGCUACCUACACAACUACCGAGACUCAUUACCAAGCUGCUAAGCCCGCUUACAGCACCACAAGUGCUUACACCGGGACUGCUCGUCAAGCAACGACCACUGGCCAGGCCAAGACUUACCAAGCCGCCAGUACAGCUUAUCAGCAAUCAAACCCUACGCAGAACGCGACUUAUUCUUCUGGGUAUACUGCACCAGCGACUCCAGCUGCUGCUCCCGCUGCAGCAACUAACAAAACGGCAAGUACAGCGUAUUCCGGGUAUGACGCAGCGCUUUAUAGCGCUGCGACAAUGUACGUAGCCCAACAGAGUGCAAACAGCAACAAUACAACUAACCAGAAGACUGGAGGUUGGCAGGGCUACGGACGUAAAGGAUUCGGAGCAGGUGGAAGUGGAAUGAAGAGUAUGAGGGCCAAGCCGCCUCCCAAACCCCAGCAACUCCACUACUGCGAUGUCUGCAAGAUCAGCUGCGCUGGUCCUCAGACCUAUCGCGAGCACUUGGAGGGCCAGAAGCACAAAAAGAAGGAAGCUUCGAUGAAGGUCCCCCAGCAGCCUCCAGCUCGCGGGGCUGGUAAUUCUCUCAGGUGCGAACUCUGCGAUGUUACUUGCACUGGAAAUGACGCCUACGCUGCUCACAUUCGCGGGGCCAAGCACCAGAAAGUCGUCAAGCUUCACACCAAGUUGGGAAAACCCAUUCCCAGUGCUGAUCCCACGGUGCUCAAUCCCAAGCCAGCUGCUGCUGCUAAAGCUGCCGGUGGAGCUGCCGCUGCUGCUGGGGCUGCUGCUGCCAAGAAGCCGACUGUUACUGCGACUCCUAAAAUUAAUUUUGUUGCUUCUGGAAAUCUCGGCACAGUGAACCAAAACGCAGCUGCUGAAGUAAAAACAGACGAGUCAGUAGUCGAGGAAUCAGCUGAAGAAUCACUUACUGAAGAAAAAGACAUCCAGCCGGUGGGUCAAGAGUACAUCGAAGAGAACAAGUCUGAAGACGGCAAGAUAAUAAGUUUCAAUUGCAAACUCUGCGAGUGUCGUUUCAACGACCCGAAUGCCAAGGACAUGCACAUGAAGGGUCGUCGUCAUCGCUUCGCCUACAAGAAGAAAGUCAACCCUGACCUAGUGGUAGACAUCAAGCCGAGUCUUAAGCAGCGCAAGAUGCUGGAGGAGAAACACCGCCGUCAACAGGCUCGAGAGGAGUUUACUCGCCGCCGCGAGGAGAUGAACCAGAUGGGUCCCAUGGGCAUGAUGGGUCCCAUGAUGGACGAAGAGAUGAUUUACUGGGAGGAACGUCGUCGGUAUGAAGAAGAGUGCGAGUACUACGAGUGGUAUCGUCGCUGUGGUCGUGGUCCUGGUGCUCCUCCAAUGCCUCCUCGGCCAUUCCCUGGUCCUCCGGGUAUGAUGUUCUCCGUUGUUCCUCGCAGGUCUGAUGACAAACAUGUUGAUGCUCAUCACUCGAGUAUUUAUCCCAAGGAAGAAGAAUUGCAAGCUGUUAAAAAAAUUGUUUCUCAUACUGAGAAAGCUUUGAAAUUGGUUUCUGAUGUUCUUGCUGAAGCUAAUAAAAAGACCAUGCCCGCAACUGGAAAUGCUACAACACCGGCAGCUGAAGUAAAGAAAGAAGAGGCUGAAAAGAAGAAAGAUGACAAUGCCACCUCAUUUGCAAAUCCAAAAGAAAAAGAAGAUACACGUGUUAUCCGUGAUGUCAUGCGUGUGGGUAAUUUGGCCAAAGGACUGCUGUUAUCAGGAGAUAAUCAUGUCUGUUUAGUUGUUCUAUGUGCUGAAAAACCAACAAAGACUUUACUAAACAAAGUCGCUGAAAUUUUACCAUCGCAACUGAAAAUAGUGGCCCCUGAAGAGACCUACAACGUAGGCAAGCACCCAGAAUCCGCGGCUUUGACAGUAUCUGGCGGUACUGUAACUGUCAGUGUUACUCUCACAAGUCCUUUGAUGCGCGAAACAGCAAAACCACCGGCAACAGCAGAUAGUGCUGGACAGCAGCAGGGAGCUGCUCAACCGCAAACGACGCCCGCGACGCCCGCAGUGACGAAACCAGACCCACCAGAUGUACUUCCCAAGGCUAAGUGUUUGGAGGCUUUAGCUCAACUCAGGCAUGCCAAGUGGUUUCAGGCUAGAGCAUCAUCACUGCAGAACUGCGUUAUUAUUAUACGUAUUAUGCGCGAUCUUUGUAAUCGUGUACCUACGUGGGGACCACUUAAUCCAUGGGCACUAGAGCUGCUCACUGAAAAAGUUAUCAACACUGCUGGUUGUCCAUUGAGUCUUGGAGAAGCUCUACGACGUUUACUUGAAUGUGUAGCUGGUGGUAUUUUAUUACCAGGGUCUCCAGGAAUAGCAGAUCCUUGUGAAAAGGAACCAACAGAUGCAAUUGGGAACAUGACCGCCCAACAACGAGAAGACAUAACCGCUUCAGCGCAACACGCGCUCCGUCUGGUGGCGUUCCGGCAGAUCCACAAAGUUCUCGGCAUGGAACAGCUUCCCCCUCCCAAGCACAAGGGACGGUUCCCGCGCAAGCGCAGACGCGACAACAGCAAUGGCGAGGGCAACGACUGCGAGGCCUCGAAAAAAGACAAAAAGGCCGAAGAAACUAAAAUGGAAACAGACUCCAAGUAAUUUAUUACUCAGUAAUUUACUUAAAAUAACUAUUAAUUUAAACAAAAUAGAUACGAAAUAUUAUUAAUUAACGAUAAUACUAAUAAUAAGUUAUUAAUUAUCCAUUUACUUGUCACCAGAUUUAUAAUUAAUUACUGCUUAAGAUUUAAAAAAAAAACAAUUGUAAUGUUUGCUCUUUCGUCAAUUGACUUUUUUUAAGUUUAAUUGUACGUAAUGAAUGAGUGGAAUUAUUUUAUAAAAGUAAUUAAUAAUUAAUGAUUAAUAUUUUUGCAAUUUAUUAUGAGUAAAAUUUUUUUUUAAACUUUGAAAGUUUGAUUUUGAUAAAAUUAAUUGAAAAAAAAAAAAAAUAUUUAAGGUUUUAUUUAAAAGACAAUUGUCAAUUUGUAGUACUGUAAAGAGGGAUCUGCAGUUAAACAGUAAUUAAUCGAUAAUUAUUAACGUUAAAGUAGUACUGAGUCUUGUGCACGUGUGUUUAGUAACUGAUAAUUGAUAAUUGAUGUUUAAUUACUAUUAAAUGCUGAGUAAUUUUAAGGAUAAAUAAGUCGCUAAGUAUUAAGUCUGCAACUUAACUAAAUCUUUUUUAAAUUGUUUAAAUAUUCAGACAGCGAUUUGUGUAAUGAGUGUACCGUUACAUUGUUAGUUGAUUUAUAUUUAUAUUCAUACUUAUAUUUAUAUUCGAUUAACGAGUAAUUGGUACUGUUAUUUCGGGUUUGAGUUUCAUUUUGGCUAAGAUCAUUGUCAUAUUGAAUGUAUUUUUCAACCGUAUGGUUUAAUUAAUAAAGAUUAAGAAAAGAUGUCA